UGACUGAGUGUUGCAAACAAGAUGUGUUGACCACAAGCAACUAAAAUCACUUUUUAACCAAUGGUCGGUCCAUUUAAAAGCGGAAGCUUGGGAAUACAGCCGUGAUCUUUUCCCUUUCUUUAAAGUGAAUUUUUUUUCCUACUUGUCUUUUGUUGUUGUAACGUCAUUAGACAGGACUGAUUAGCUGCACCAGUGGACGAGAUCAUCUGAUUACAUCUAAAGCACAACAUGGAUCCCUUAGGAGCUCGUUCUCAGAUUGUGGAUGUCCAGAGCCUCCCCGCGUGGGACCAGCCUCAGGGAGUCCAGGAUGAGGAGGACGGAGAGAACUGUUUUAGAGAGGAUGAUUGCAAUUUGACCAAUCAGAUCAAUUCUUUAACAUCGCCUUUUGCUUAUAGACAAGACAUCAACGGCAAGAUUGUUCUCUUUAAUGGAGAUGUGGCAUUUUUAAACUGCACUGCAAUCGUCAAUACAAGUAAUGAGAUGCUAACAGAUAAGAACCCAGUUUCAAACAGCAUUCACAGAUACGCCGGGCCUGAGCUCAAGGACGAACUAAUCAAACUGAAAGGAUGUCGGACGGGUGAGGCAAAAAUGACAGAGGGCUUUAACUUGGCGGCACGCUUCAUCAUUCAUACCGUAGGGCCCAAAUAUAAAGCCAAGUACAGGACAGCUGCGGAGAGUUCUCUGUACAGCUGCUACAGAAAUGCCAUGCAGCUCGCCAAAGAACAUGGCAUGGUGUCUGUAGGUUUUUGUGUGGUCAACACAGUGAAAAGAGCAUAUCCGCUGGAGGACGCUACGCAUAUAGCAUUAAGGACUGUUCGUAGAUUUCUUGAGAACCACGGUGAGAACAUCGAGACUGUGGUGUUUGCUGUUACAGAUGUCGAGGAGCCCCUGUAUUUGAAGUUGAUGCCGCUGUAUUUCCCACGCUCAAAGAAAGAGGAGAUGACCAGUCUUCCUUUUCUGCCAGCGGACAUCGGCAAUGCUGAGGGCGAGCCCGUGGUCCCGGAGAGACAGAUCCGCAUUUCAGAAAAGCCCGGAAAUCUAGAGGAUGACUCUGGAGAUGACUCACUGGAAUCAGACCUGGGGCUUGUGGGAAAUCACGCCUUCGCUCGCAUGGAAGGAGAUGUGGAUAAGCAGAGGAAACUCAUCCUUCAGGGCCAUGUAUCUGAGGCGGCCCAGCAGAAACAGCACCAAAGGAACUAUAACCGAUGGCUGUGCAGAGCGCGGGCAGAGGAUCUCUCAGACAUCGCAGCAUUAAAAGCAUUAUAUCAAACCGGUGUUGAUAGAUGUGGCAGGACGGUCAUGGUUGUUGUCGGCAGGAAUAUUCCGGUUACAAUCAUUGAUAUGGAAAAGGCCUUACUGUAUUUCAUCCAUGUAAUGGACAAUAUCACAGUGAAGGAGUAUGUGAUGGUGUAUUUCCACACGCUCACCGGUGAACACAAUCACUUGGAAACAGAUUUCCUCAAGAAGCUCUAUGACAUUGUGGAUGCCAAGUUUAAGAAAAACCUCAGAGCUUUCUACUUCGUUCACCCAACGUUCCGCUCCAAGGUGUCUACAUGGUUUUUCACGACGUUCAGUGUAUCGGGCCUGAAAGAGAAAGUCCAUCACAUAGAGAACCUGCAGCAGCUCUUCACCUGUGUCUUGCCAGAACAGGUUGACAUCCCUCCUUUUGUCCUGGAGUAUGACACACGGGUUAACAGCCCAUAUUAUACAGCUCACUCUUCAGGCCUGUGACGGUCUGUGAUUAUCAGACAAACCCAGUGCAGAAGAGUUUGACAGGACCUGCCACUAAAUGAUCAGCGCCUGGGCAAACACACAACCCUGAUGACCCGUCGACGUUGUCGGAGGCGUAUCUCAGUCAUUUCUGGAGGGCUGAGUUUUCUCUGUGACGCUCAGAGAUAGUCGAUCUUCUGUCUUUCAAUAAUGCUGUAUAAACACAACCUUCUGAGACCUGCUGAACGUGCCAGACUCGAAACCUUAAUAGAAGGAACCGCUGGUCUGACUCAAGCUCUAUUAGGAAACUUCAGCAGACAGAGACUGAAUUUGACAAAUAUGCAUAACAGAUUAUAUUUUGUACAACACAUGUAAUGUGAAUCUAGUUGAAUAAUUGCUGGAAAUAUUGUCAUUUGUGCUGUUUUUGAUUUUUCAUGUCAUGUUGUUCAUCCAGUAAUCUCACAGCUAGACUUUGCAGUGUUUUGUAGUUUUAAUGCAUUCCAUGUCUGCGCAAUCACAAGCAGGAGCAGUUUUCUUGAUUAUUUGAUUUUCAUCUGAAAAUACAUGUACAACUUUGGCUGAGGCAUUAAACAAACUGUAAGCUAUAGCUGUAUAAAACUGUCAGUCCAAAUUAGUCUAGAUCUCAGUUUCCUUUAUCAGCACAUAUGAAGGACAUCCAAGAUAUGAAUUACAUUUCUUUCUUAUUACAGUUAUAAUUCUGUGUAAUCAUUCUGUGAUAUCAUUUAUAGCAAAACUGAUACCAUGGUAGCAUAGCAAAUUGUAUGUUUACUCCGGAUUAUGUUUUGUGUGUAUGUGUGCUUGUUUCUGGAGAUGUUAUCAAGAUGGUACAUCAGUGUUCAUUUUGGAGAGUCUUUAAAACCUAAGGUACACUGACAUUUUAAAGAGCGUCAGAUUGUAUUAUAUUCUAACAUAUGAAAAAGAUUUACAUGCAUGGCCAAAGUGAAGAACUGUAAAUAGUUAAUUGUAGAUACUAAUAAUGCUGUCUGUUACUAUUCCUUUUGGUUUGUUUAAGUGAGUCAUUACUGACACAGUGCAGAAAUUGUUAAAUUUUGUAUUAUUUUAAAUUAACGAGAUUAUAUAAAUCAUGGUAAUGAAGAGAAUAUUUGAAUAAAAGAAAAUCUUGUAGUGGUAUGUUA